AGCGGAUUAUAGGCCGUCAGGUGCGCGAGCGCACGCAGGGUUGCGACAGCUGCAGGAACCCAGGACCAUGUUCCAGUAAAUGAAGACGGCGGCACACGCCCUGAGCCCCGACUCCCUGCCAGAGACGCGGCAUCGGACCAGAAAGAAUGAGGAGGCGGCUCCAGGCUCACCCGUGCUCAGGGCGGGGAGGGAGGACGACAGGAAGGGCCCCCCCUCUAUCCUGAGACGAAGCCCGCAGGAGCGCCACAGCCAUGGGGCCGAGCCACGGAGGACCACGAGGCACGUGCGGUUCCGCGAGCCCCUGGAGGUGGCCGUCCACUACAUCGCCUGCAGGGAGCCCUCCGCCAUGGCCAGGGCGCCCGGCCGGCGCAGGCCCCGCGACGGUGCCCUGAUCCUGCGGCUGACGGCGUGCGUCCUGCUGGUGCUGGCGCUGGGGCUGUGCUGCAGCCGGGCUGAGCCCGUGGCACUGGCCCUGGAGGACCUCCGGGCCCGGCUCCUGGCCCUCCGCGUGCGUCUGCAGCUCGUGGCCCUGGCCUGCUGGCGUCACCUCCUGCAGCUCUGAUGGCCGGCGCUCACCUCCCCCGGGCCCAGGGGCAGCACUGCAGAGGGAGAGCCCCAGGUCGGGGCUGGGUGCUUCCAGACAGCCCUGAGCCCUGGACUCAGCAGGGCUGCUGCAGGCAGGGUGACUGGGAAAGCGGGCCCCACGGCUUGAGAUCAGACGUGGGGUGCUGCGGCCUUGGAUACGGCAGGCAGCCCCCCAGCUCCAAGCAGGCAGCCCCUCCUAUUUCACAUGUUAGGGUGCCCCGUGAGGUUUUAGGAGAACAAGAAUUCCACCGCUGAAA